AGCGCCUUUGUCGUCCAGAUGGGGAAACUGAGGCCCAGAGACUUUAAGGGGCUUGCUAUUGGAAGCCGAGGCCGCGGUGCCGCCUCCGCCCCAGGGCUCCGGCUUCCCGCCCGGACCGCCCGGUUUGCGGGCCAUGGAGCUCCGAGCAGCGGAUCGAGAGCAGCCGGAGCGCCCCAGCCCGUCUGCCUGGUGCCUGGCCCCCGUCCCUUCCCAGCGCAAGCCCUGGAGACGGCAGCCCCCUGACUGCUGAGCAUCGGCCGCAGCAUGAAGGCCCCGGGCCGGCUCCUGCUUGUCAUUCUGUGCUCCUUGGGCUUCUCUGCUGCCUACGUCCUGCUAUGCUGCUGGGCCUGCCUGCCCUUCUGCCUGGCCUCCUGCCUGGCCCCACAGCCCUCCACCAACUCCAGGCCCACUGUGCCGGGGCCCCUACACUUCAGCGGAUACAGCAGCGUGCCAGAUGGGAAGCCGCUGGUCCGAGACCCAUGCCGCAGCUGCGCCGUGGUGUCCAGCUCCGGCCAGAUGCUGGGCUCAGGCCUGGGCGCCGAGAUCGACAGCGCUGAGUGCGUCCUGCGCAUGAACCAAGCGCCCACCGUGGGCUUUGAGGCGGACGUGGGCCGGCGCAGCACCCUGCGCGUGGUCUCGCACACGAGCGUGCCUCUGCUGCUGCGCAACUAUUCACACUACUUCCAGCACGCUCGAGACACGCUCUACGUGGUGUGGGGACAGGGCAGGCACAUGGACCGGGCACUGGGUGGCCGCACUUACCGCACGCUGCUGCAGCUCACCGAGAUGUACCCAGGUCUGCAGGUGUACACCUUCACCGAGCGCAUGAUGGCCUACUGCGACCAGGUCUUCCAGGACGAGACGGGCAAGAACCGGAGGCAGUCGGGCUCCUUUCUCAGCACCGGCUGGUUCACCAUGAUCCUCGCCCUGGAGCUGUGUGAGGAGAUCGUGGUCUAUGGAAUGGUCAGCGACAGCUACUGCAGGGAGGACAGCCACCCCUCGGUGCCUUACCAUUACUUUGAGAAGGGCCGGCUGGACGAGUGUCAGAUGUACCUGGCGCAUGAACGGGCGCCCCGCAGCGCCCACCGCUUCAUCACCGAGAAGGCCGUGUUCUCCCGCUGGGCCAAGAAGAGGCCCAUCGUGUUCGCCCACCCAUCGUGGAGGACCCAGUAGCCAUGUCACCUGGCCGGCCGCCACACCUUCACCGGGCCUCUGUUCCACAUGCCACCAAAACAUUUAACUUAUGGAUCCUGUUUCAUGCCUUGUGGACCUAAGGUCCCUUCUUGUCCUACCCUGGGGACACUUGGAGCCCUUUUUAGGGCUCCGGACUUGAUGGGGGAGAGGAGGACUCUGGUGAACUUUGCACCCUCCUCCGCACCCCACUCCCUGAGUCACCCAGAUCUUCAUUUUGGGUUCAUCCCUUCUCUGGGUCUGUCCAGUGGCCUUUGCCCCGGGGCCGAUGGCCCCCACCACUCACCAGCAUUGUGAUCUUGGAUCCUGCAACAGCUCUGUCCCUCUUCACUGUCCCCCUCCACUUGCCUUUGGUGCCACACUUCCCAGGCUGGUUGUCCUAGUCAGGGCAGCCCAGAGCUUGGGGUUCACUGGGCAAAGGGGCCUUUGAACUGUGACUGCCAGGGCCACCUCUGGAGUGUACGGGUAAAUGUAUGUUUUCUGGAA